CCCGCCCCGCCCCGGAAGCGCUCCCCGCUCCUCAGUUCCGGUGGCGGCGGCGGCGGCAGCAGGCACUUCUGCAGAGCAGGGCUGAGUGUGAGCCAGCUCCUGGAGUCGGAGGGACUGCAGUGAAUCCUCCUUUCUUCCCUUCCUUCCUUGCUGCCCGUGUGGCAGGACGGGAUCUGCAGUGAGGCGCAGAGAGCUGCGGCGCAGCCCGGAGCUCCCGCUGUUCCCUGGAGAGCCAUCGACUUAGAGGGAUAAAAAAGGCUCUGAAUCAAUCCCAGGGCCGUGCUGCUGCCUGGAGACCACCAUGACAGACUCCAAGUACUUCACCACCACCAAGAAAGGGGAGAUAUUUGAGCUGAAGGCUGAGCUGAACAGUGACAAGAAGGAGAAGAAGAAGGAGGCUGUGAAGAAGGUGAUCGCCUCCAUGACUGUGGGCAAGGACGUCAGCGCUCUCUUCCCCGACGUGGUGAACUGCAUGCAGACAGACAACCUGGAGCUGAAGAAGCUGGUCUACCUCUACCUGAUGAACUAUGCCAAGAGCCAGCCAGACAUGGCCAUCAUGGCUGUGAACACCUUUGUGAAGGACUGUGAGGACCCGAACCCGCUGAUCCGGGCGCUGGCCGUGCGCACCAUGGGCUGCAUCCGCGUGGACAAGAUCACCGAGUACCUGUGCGAGCCCCUGCGCAAGUGCCUCAAGGACGAGGACCCCUACGUGCGCAAGACGGCCGCCGUCUGCGUGGCCAAGCUGCACGACAUCAACGCCCAGCUGGUGGAGGACCAGGGCUUCCUGGACACCCUCAAGGAUCUCAUCUCAGACUCCAACCCCAUGGUGGUGGCCAACGCGGUGGCGGCGCUGUCGGAAAUCGCGGAGUCUCAUCCCAGCAGCAACCUCCUGGACCUCAACCCCCAGUCCAUCAACAAGCUGCUCACAGCCCUCAACGAGUGCACUGAGUGGGGCCAGAUCUUCAUCCUGGACUGCCUGGCAAACUACAUGCCCAAGGAUGACCGGGAAGCACAGAGCAUCUGCGAGCGGGUGACACCGCGGCUGUCCCACGCCAACUCUGCCGUGGUGCUGUCGGCUGUCAAGGUGCUGAUGAAGUUCAUGGAGAUGCUGUCCAAGGACCUGGAUUAUUAUGGCACUCUCCUGAAGAAGCUGGCCCCACCACUGGUCACUCUGCUGUCUGCAGAGCCCGAGCUGCAGUACGUGGCCCUCCGCAACAUCAACCUGAUCGUGCAGAAGAGGCCCGAGAUCCUGAAGCACGAGAUGAAGGUGUUCUUUGUCAAGUACAACGACCCCAUCUACGUCAAACUGGAGAAACUGGACAUCAUGAUCCGCCUGGCCUCCCAGGCCAACAUAGCCCAGGUGCUGGCAGAGCUGAAGGAAUAUGCCACAGAGGUGGAUGUGGAUUUUGUCAGGAAGGCGGUGAGAGCCAUCGGCCGCUGUGCCAUCAAGGUGGAGCAAUCUGCAGAGCGCUGUGUGAGCACCCUGCUGGACCUCAUCCAGACCAAGGUGAACUACGUGGUGCAGGAGGCCAUCGUGGUCAUCAAGGACAUCUUCCGCAAGUACCCCAACAAGUACGAGAGCGUGAUUGCCACGCUCUGUGAGAACCUGGAUUCCCUGGACGAGCCCGAGGCCAGGGCUGCCAUGAUCUGGAUCGUGGGCGAGUACGCCGAGCGCAUCGACAACGCCGACGAGCUGCUGGAGAGCUUCCUGGAGGGCUUCCAUGAUGAGAGCACCCAGGUCCAGCUGCAGCUGCUGACAGCCAUCGUGAAGCUGUUCCUGAAGAAGCCCACAGAGACACAGGAGCUGGUGCAGCAGGUGCUGAGCUUGGCCACACAGGACUCGGACAACCCCGACCUGCGGGACCGCGGGUACAUCUACUGGCGCCUGCUCUCCACGGACCCGGUGGCCGCCAAGGAGGUGGUGCUGGCCGAGAAGCCGCUCAUCUCGGAGGAGACGGAUCUGAUCGAGCCCACGCUGCUGGACGAGCUCAUCUGCUACAUCGGCACGCUGGCCUCGGUGUACCACAAACCGCCCAGCGCCUUCGUGGAGGGCAGCAGGGGCGUGGUGCACAAGAGCCUGCCCCCGCGCACCGACUCGGGUGAGAGUCCCGAGAGCCCGGACACAGCCCCGUCAGGAGGGCCAGCAGGAGAUCAGCCCUCCGUCAUCCCCACCCAGGGGGACCUGCUGGGGGACCUGCUCAACCUGGACCUGGGUCCCCCCGUGAGCGGGCCCCCCAUGGCCACCUCCGCCGUGCAGAUGGGCGCCGUGGACCUCCUGGGGGGAGGCCUGGACAGGCUGAUGGGGGACGAGUCUGAAGGGCUGCGCAGCGAUGUGGGAGGCAGCCCUGCUAUGGGUGGCGGCAGUGGCAGCUUCACAGCAGCUCCCAGCACCACGGCACCCACAAACAUGGGGGCACCCCUUGGCAGCGGCCUGGGCGACCUCUUUGACCUCACUGGUGGCGUGGGGACCCUCUCAGGAUCCUAUGUGGCCCCCAAAACGGUGUGGCUCCCUGCCAUGAAAGCCAAGGGGCUGGAGAUCUCUGGCACCUUCAGCCGCCAGGUGGGCUCCAUCUCCAUGGACCUGGUGCUGACCAACAAGGCCCUGCAGGUCAUGUCUGACUUUGCCAUCCAGUUCAACCGCAACAGCUUCGGCCUGGCCCCAGCAGCUCCUCUGCAGGUUCAUGCACCUCUGGCUCCCAACCAGUCCGUGGAGAUCUCCCUGCCCCUCAACACCGUGGGCUCCGUCAUGAAGAUGGAGCCCCUCAACAACCUCCAGGUGGCAGUGAAGAACAACAUUGACGUCUUCUACUUCAGCACCCUGUACCCCCUGCACAUCCUGUUCGUGGAGGAUGGCAAGAUGGAGAGACAGACGUUCCUGGCCACCUGGAAGGACAUUCCCAAUGAGAACGAGACCCAGUUCCAGAUCAAAGACUGUUCCCUCAACGCAGAUGCUGUGAGCAGCAAACUCCAAGGCAGCAACAUCUUCACCAUUGCCAAGAGGAACGUGGAGGGCCAGGACAUGCUGUACCAGUCCCUGAAGCUCACCAACGGCAUCUGGGUGCUGGCAGAGCUGCGGAUCCAGCCCAGCAACCCCAGCUUCACGUUAUCCCUGAAAUGCCGAGCACCAGAGGUGUCCCAGUACAUCUACCAAGCCUAUGAGACCAUCCUGAAGAACUGAGGUGCUGCUGCAGCCCCUCUUCCUCCUCCUCCUCCUCCUCCUCCUCCCGUCCCAUUCCCGCCCGAGGGAGCAGGGCUGGAUCCGUGUGCAUGUCCCCUUCCCCCUGCCCAGGACCCAGCCCCUGGGGGAGCAGAGGGGGCAGGGGGCUGUCCCCAGUCCUGCAUCCCUGCAGCAAUCCACGUGUGAGUGAUGCCCUGUGCUCCUCCUGGUGCUGCUCCCUCCACAUCCCAGAAACCCCAGCUCCUGCUCCUGGCUCUCAUGGAGUGCUGGCUGCUGGUGGGUUCAGCAUUCCAAACCCUGGGAAUAGCUGCUGGGUGGGGCCCAGAGUGCUGUGGGAUUGGCUGCAGAUCCCCCUGGAGCCCUGGGAUUUGGGGCUGGAGCAGGUAGGAAGCAGCUUUGGCUCUCCCUGGUUCAGCAGAGCUGUGGGUGAGCCCUUCACAGAGGAUCUUCUCCCCAUGGGAGCCCUUCCCAAAGCUCCCAGAAGGGCUUGAGGGUCCCACACUUGAGGCUGUACUUAAGGUGCAGGUUCAAAAGGGCUUUUCCAGCCCCUGCCAGGGGGCCAGGAGGGCUCUGAGUGUCCCCUGUCCCCCAGCCCAGCCCCACGGCUCCCUCUGCUCCCCCCUGGGUGCUCCCCUGGGGCUCCCACUGCUCCUGUCCCCCCCCAAAUCAAGCCAUGGGUCCCCCCCUCCCUGGAAGCAGGAAAUCUCUAAUAUAUGAAAGAUAAAUAUAUUGUAAUGUUCACUGCUUUGAGGGAAUGUUGAAUAAAGGUGACACCAGCCCACGGGGACACUGCUGGGGUGGCCAUGGCCCGGUGACCCCGAGGGAAGCAGGGUCCUGGGAGCUUCCUGCCAGCCCUGCAGGGCCAGAUCAACCCUCCCUGUGGCCCCUGACACAGCAGAUGGGCAGGGCUGGGACAGGGACACAGGGCCAGUCACCCUUUGGGGACAGGAAGGGCCUGGAGAGCUCCUGGCUCUGCUCCUGGAGCCUCUCAGGGAUCCACCAAAGUGACCCUGCACUGUCCAUGGUGUUCGGGCUGGGGACAAGUGUGAGAUCCCCAGGAGGUGCUGCUGGGCCCUGUGGGGUGGGUGAUGAGCAGCAGCAGCCAGUCCUGCUCUGGGACACCCCACAACUCACUGGUGCUGCUCUGGGACACCUCACAACUCACUGGUGCUGCUCUGGGACACCCCACAACUCAGUGGUGCUGCUCUGGGACACCCCACAACUCACUGGUGCUGCUCUGGGACACCCCACGGGCCACCAGCACCACUCUGGGGCUGGACAGCAGAGCAGGUGUGCAGGGGCACAGUGGGCACCCUGCUUUGGAGCCCCCAAAGUCACAGCAGGGAAGUCACCACCACAAUCUGGACCCUCCUGGUGACCCACAGCUGCUGUGUCCCCCUGGGCCAGCAGCCCUGGGGUGAAGGUCCCUGGCCAUGGGGCACCACUUUGGGCUCCAGGGACACCUCUGGAGGGUUCCAGUGGCUGUAAUGGGGUCCAGGACAUUGGGACCCAGCUCUUCACUGCUCCCACCCCUGCUGGCACCCCCAGAGCCUCCCUCCCUGGGGCCUGGGGGCUGAAUCCCCCCGGACAGAUGAGCAGACAGGGUGGGCUCAGCUCCGUUGGUCUUUACUGGCUGCAGAGGACAUGCAGGGGUGGGGGCUCGGUGGCCUGGGCUGGGGACACAGCCCUGUCCCACCCUGGGGACAUCAACACGAGCUGGGGGCAGUGCUGGGGGCUGGAGAGGGAACAGUGACCCCCCCCUGCCCUGAAACAGGGCUGGUGGUGACAAACUGUAUGUCCCCAAGUCAUCCCAGGGCUGGAGAGGACAGAGUGGCCAAGGUGGUGAUGAUGAGGCCAAGAAGAAAAGAGGGGAAGGUCAAGAAGAGAAGAUGAUGAGGGAUAAGGAUGUGAAGGCCAAGAAGAGAAGAGGAGGAGGCAGCCCAAAAGAAGAGAGCAGAGAGGAGAUGAGAGGAGGAG